GAGUGAGCUACGGGCAAAGCCAAGCGGAGUGAGCGGCUCCGCCAAGGGGUGGCGAAGCAAAGGGGAAGCAGCUGCCAGCGCGCGUCCGGACCCCGCGCCACAGUGUGAGCCGCCCUGCCGGCUUCACUGGAGACGUGAAAGGCGUCCGGGCAUGUGAGCGAGCAGCAGACGAGCAAGAGCGCAGGGCACAGCAGAGCCGGGGCGGGAGGAAGGAGGGCAGGACUGGAGCGAGGAGGUGUGUCUGGAAGGAGAAGGGAAGGAGCCGUGUCGCCAAGGAAGAAGGCAGCAAGAGGGAAAGGCCGGAGGAGGGGUGUGUGGAGGAAAGGACCGGAGCUUCAGCCUUCUCUGUCCUCAGAGUGAUUCUCCCCCAGCGCCCCCUAUGCACAGAUAGCGAAGCAUCCGCGGAGCGGAGAGGCUGAAAUUUGAGGAGGGCAGCGGCUGCGUUGCCGGGCGCAGGAAGGGGUGUCCCCCGGAUCGGAGGAUGGCGACCGAAGGGGGAGCCGGACUGGCCAAGUCCGCCGUGGAGAAGCUGUCCGAUGCCAUGGGCGAGAAGACCAAGCAGCUGGGCACAGCCAUGCAGGACGUGCACCGGCAGCGGCGGCUGAUCCUGGUCAUCGUGUGCGUGGCCCUCUUCCUGGAUAACAUGCUCUACAUGGUGAUCGUGCCCAUCAUGCCGAGCUACCUCACCAUGUGGGAGGCCCAGGAGAGCAACGCCAGCGAGGCCAACGCCAAGGCGGCCAACGCCAGCUGGGCCAAGGCUGUGCUGGGGCCUGGGUACCCCCCCGAAAACGAGGACAUCAAGAUCGGGGUGCUCUUCGCCUCCAAGGCCAUCCUGCAGCUGCUGGUGAACCCGCUGAGCGGCACCUUCAUCGACCGCGUGGGCUACGACAUCCCGUUGCUGAUCGGCCUCACCGUCAUGUUCCUCUCCACCAUCAUCUUCGCCCUGGCCGAGAACUACGCCACCCUCUUCGCCGCCCGCAGCCUGCAGGGGCUGGGCUCGGCCUUCGCCGACACCUCCGGCAUCGCCAUGAUCGCCGACAAGUACACCGAGGAGUCGGAGCGCAGCCGGGCCCUAGGCGUCGCCCUGGCCUUCAUCUCCUUCGGCAGCCUGGUGGCGCCCCCUUACGGCGGCGUCCUCUACCAGUUCGCCGGCAGGCGGGUGCCCUUCCUGGUGCUGGCCAGCGUCUGCCUGCUGGACUGCCUGCUACUGCUCACCGUCAUCAAGCCCUUCGGCAACCGGGCUCGGGAGAACAUGCUCGUGGGCACCCCCAUCCACAGGCUCAUGAUCGACCCCUACAUCGCCGUGGUGGCUGGCGCCCUCACCACGUGCAACAUCCCCCUGGCCUUCCUGGAGCCCACCAUCGCCACGUGGAUGAAGAAGAACAUGGGCGCCUCCGAGUGGGAGAUGGGCGUCACGUGGCUGCCCGCCUUCUUCCCCCACGUGCUGGGCGUCUACAUCACCGUCAAACUGGCCGCCAAGUACCCGCACCUGCAGUGGUUCUAUGGGGCCCUGGGCAUGGUGAUCAUCGGGGCCAGCUCGUGCACGGUGCCCGCCUGCCGGAACUUCGGGCAGCUCAUCGUCCCGCUGUGCGGCAUUUGCUUCGGGAUCGCCCUGGUGGACACGGCCCUGCUGCCCACGCUUGCCUUCCUCGUGGACGUGCGCCACGUGUCCGUGUACGGCAGCGUCUAUGCCAUAGCGGAUAUCUCCUACUGCGUGGCGUAUGCCCUGGGGCCCAUAGUCGCCAGCCAGAUCGUGCACUCGCUAGGCUUUGUGCAGCUGAACCUGGGCAUGGGGCUUGCCAACAUGCUUUACGCCCCAGUCCUCCUGCUCCUCAGAAACGUCUGCCAAAUGAAAGCCUCUCACUCCGAGAGGAACAUCCUGCUGGAGGAAGGACCCAAAGGGCUCUAUGACACCAUCAAAAUGCAGGAGCGCAAAGGCAAGGGGAAAACCCCCCAUUCAGCAGGGGAGAUGGAAGGAAAUAGCGUGGACUCUUAUCACAGAGACCUGACAGGGGCCUCGGAGGAGGACUCUUCAGACUAUGAAUACAGUUAGGCUACACGGAGCUGGCAGAACAAAGGUUAAAAUGGGUGGGGUGUGUGUGUGUGAAAACAUUAUUGCCAUCUGUUUAUGUACCAAUGUGCACUAUAUACAAUUUAACCGUUGUCAUGCUGUAAUGGCUUUCGUCUUCUUCUCGACUUGUUGUAAGUCGGUGUUUCCUUAGACACUGGCAGGGGAAAAUCACGAAGAAGACUAACUGAAUGAUGUAUUUACAUAAAUCUGUCGUGGUCCUUCCAAAAACUUUUAGCUGGGGUCUCUUGUGCAAAAGUUUUCUCGAGUUGAAACUCUGUGUGGCAUACUGUAUAUCUCUGUAUUAAGGAAGUCUGUAAUAAAAUUCAGAUUGCAUAUUCAGGGACUUAAAUUUACUAAAGCUUGUAUAUAUGUACUGACACUUUCACUUGGUUUCAUAUUUAACAUCAACAAAAAUCACAUCGUAUUAUUUCUUCUUUGGGAAUCUGCUGAAGCGCUGUAAUCUUUUUUCUGUUGUGCUGUUACCUGGGAAUAUGCAAUAUACUGUAUAAUGUGUAAGUCCAAAUCUACAAGGAUAAUAUGAUCUGAAUAAAUGAAGUUUGAGGGGACCAUGGUCUUUGUUUCAUUGUUUUGAGAGCAAG